CCCGCCUGCAGCCGGGAAUUGCUAUGGCAACGCAGCUGCCCCAGCUAUGUCGCUGCAGCCCGCCCCUCCGUCGCGGGUGUUCAUGGAACUGGUUCCCUGGGCUAACCUGGGCCGGGAAAACAACCCGAUCUCGGCUUUGGAGGCGCAGCCCGUCGGCAGCCGUCCCCACGCUGCCAAGGCCCACCCCGGAGCCCGCGAGGUCCACGUGAGCGGCGCGGCCGAGGUGUCCGCCAGCCCCGACCGGGCGCAGGUGGCCGUGCGGGUGAGCAGCACCAAGGAGGCUGCAGCCGAGGCCAAGAAGAGUGUGUGCCGCCGCCUGGACUACAUCACGCAGAGCCUCCAGCAGCAGGGUCUUCAGGCAGAAAAUGUAACAGUGACAAAGGAUAUUAGAAGAGUAGAACAUGCUUAUCACAUGGAAGCCGAGGUCUGCAUUACAUUUACUGAAUUUGGAAAAAUGCAAAAUAUUUGUAACUUUCUGGUUGAAAAGCUAGAUAGCUCUGUUUUCAUCAGCCCACCUGAGUUCUAUCACACUUCCGGUUCCAUUGAGAAUCUUCGGCGGCAAGCCUGUCUUGUUGCUGUUGAGAAUGCCUGGCGCAAAGCUCAAGAAGUCUGUGACCUUGUUGGCCAAACUCUGGGAAAACCUUUACUAAUCAAAGAAGAAGAAACAAAAGAAUGGGAAGGUCAAAUCGAUGAUCAUCAGAUAUCCAGACUGCCGGGUUCAUUAACUGUACAGCAAAAAAUUAAAAGUGCAACAAUGCAUGCAGCUUCAAAAGUGUUUAUUACUUUUGAGGUAAAAGGGAAAGAAAAGAAAAAAAAACAUCUUUAAAAUUCCAACUGAAACAUACUGUAUUUGUAUUUUUAAAUGUGUUUUUAUACAUUUUAUAGUGCUUAUUUCUGUCCUGAACAUACAUAUUGUAUGCUAUACUGAUUCUCUAUAAAAUCUGCCACUUUUUGAACAUAAUCCCACAGAAUACUUAUGUUCACAUUCUAGUUUCCAAAACAUUCUGAGAAAAAUUGUGAGAAAUAAAUGUAUUAAAACACACUUUUGCAUACUAACAAUUUGUAUAUUGAAAAUAAAAUAAACAAAUCAGCUGAUGUUGCAGUUUUCCUUCCAGAA